AUGGCUGACCACGACGACGAGUUGGCCGCCACCAAGACCGACGGCUUCAAAGUCGGUGAGAAGAAGACCGUUGAGGAGUACAAGACUCUAGACCAGAACGACGAAUCCCUCAACCGAUGGAAGGCCUCACUAGGCCUGGGAAGCGGCACACCCAUCACCAAUCCUAGCGACCCUCGCACCUGUAUCAUCAAGUCUCUUGCCCUCGAGGUGGCUGACCGGGAGGAUAUAACCAUUGAUCUUUCCGAGCCCGGAGCGGUCGACAGUCUCAAGGACAAGCCAUUCACCAUCAAGGAAGGCUCGCGGUUCCGCAUCAAGGCCACGUUCCAGGUGCAGCAUGACGUUCUCAGUGGCCUGAAAUAUGUCCAGGUUGUUAAAAGGAAGGGCAUAAGAGUGAGCAAGGACCAGGAGAUGUUGGGAAGCUAUGCCCCAAACACUACGGAUAAGCCAGUAUAUGAGAAGAAGUUCAACGAGGAGGAGGCUCCCUCUGGUAUUCUUGCGCGAGGACGCUAUAACGCCGUCUCGAAAUUCGUCGAUGACGACAAUAUUGACCAUCUUAAGUUCGAAUGGACCUUUGACAUCGCCAAAGACUGGUAG